UUUGUUUCAAAACACUGUUAUCAAAUGCCAUAUAACAGAUUUUAUAUGUUUGAGGGUUCUUCCUUACAAGUUAUUGCCAUAUAUCUCUACAUACAACACACAGCUUUAAAGCCAUUGCUGGGAAAUUGUGUUUGGAAAGAACAGAUUGCAGCAGAAGCUUAUUAAAUUUCCGUUGGUGCAGGUGAGAUAGCACCCAUUCAGGUGCACAUACUGCAUGAAAUGAAAUGAUCAAACAGUCUGCUUCCAGAAGGCGACUUGUGCUGCUGGUGUGCAGAGCAUCAGAAACGACAGCCACACAGAGAUGGACAACAAGCCUCACCUUCCUGAUGGGGGUUCCUGCAAAUAUCCUGGCAUUCUGCACCUUCUGUUGCAAGGUGCGACGCAAGACCGCCCCAAUAGACAUCCUCCUGCUUAACCUCACUAUCUCCGACCUAAUCUUCCUUGCGUUCCUGCCGUUCAAAAUGAAAGAGGCUUCGGACAACAUGGUCUGGCUCUUGCCCUUCCCCCUGUGUCCACUCACCGGAUUUGUGUUCUACGUCACAAUUUACAACAGUACGCUGCUCCUCACAGCUGUGAGUGUGGAGCGCUACAUGGGUGUGGCCCACCCCUUCAGGUAUUCCUUGUAUCGUAGGCCACAUUACACUGUUCUGGUCUGCAUCCUGAUCUGGGUGGUGACUUCUCUGAACCUGAGCAUCGUUUAUAUCAUGCCUUACUUCCAAUGGAACAAUGGUGCAAACGUGAGCAUCAACAAUGGCAAUGCCACCAGCAGCCCAUCUCUGGUGCCAGACACCUGCUACCUGAAUUUCACUAAGGACGAGCUCACAAUCCUGCUACCGGUCCGCCUGGAGCUCUUCUUGGUACUCUUCUGUGUGCCCUUCAUCAUCUCCACUUUCUGCUAUGUUAACUUCAUCUGCAUCCUGUCCCGUCUGCCAAAGAUUAGUAGACGCCAGAGACUGCGAGCCAUUGGCUUGGCCCUUGGCACGCUGCUUGUAUUCGUCAUCUGCUUUGGCCCCUACAAUGCUUCCCAUGUGGUGGGGUUUGUCCAUCAGGAGAGUCAUGAGUGGAGGCACAUUACAUUGCUAUCCAGUACUUUCAAUGCCUGCCUGGAUCCUUUUAUCUUCUACUUUUUGUCAGCAGCCGUUAGGAGAAUGUUAAAGCAGUGUUUGAAGAACAUCAGUGCCAAGUUGCACAUCCUGAAAUGCAGAAGCAUCCACGGCUGUCUGUCCCAAAAAUCCCCCAGGAUUGACAAGUACAAGGAAGAAGCCUUGCCUUAA